AUGUGGCACGUGGGGUUAACACUGCCAUGGGUUGAUGGUCACAGCUGGUAUAGAAACGGCAAAUGGAGAACGACACACGCUCCCCAAACAACACCCACCCCAGAUGGCACCCAAUCCAUAGAGCUUCCUUCCUCAGUCACUCGCUCAGUUCCUUCCUCAGUUCCUUCCCUCAGUUCCUCCCUCAGUCCCUCCCUCAGUUCCUUCCUCCCUCACUUCCUCCCUCUGUCCCUCCCUCAGUCCCUCCCUCUGUCCCUCCCUCAGUUCCUCCCUCAGUUCCUCCCUCAGUUCCUCCCUCAGUUCCUCCCUCACUUUCUCCCUCAGUUCCUUCCUCUGUCCCUCCCUCAGUCCCUCCCUCAGUUCCUCCCUCAGUUCCUCCCUCAGUUCCUCCCUCUGUCACUCCCUCAGUUCCUCCCUCAGUUCCUCCCUCAGUUCCUCCCUCAGUUCCUCCCUCUGUCCCUCCCUCAGUCCCUCCCUCAGUUCCUCUUUCAGUUCCUCCCUCAGUCCCUCCCUCAGUUCCUUCCUGUCUCAGUUCCUCCCUCAGUUCCUCCCUCAGUUCCUCCCUCAGUUCCUCCCUCACUUUCUCCCUCAGUCCCUCCCUCUGUCCCUCCCUCAGUCCCUCCCUCAGUUCCUCCCUCUGUCCCUCCCUCAGUUCCUCCCUCAGUUCCUCCCUCAGUUCCUCCCUCAGUUCCUCCCUCAGUUCCUCCCUUUGUCCCUCCCUCAGUUCCUCCCUCAGUUCCUCCCUCUGUCCCUCCCUCAGUCCCUCCCUCAGUUCCUCUUUCAGUUCCUCCCUCAGUCCCUCCCUCAGUUCCUUCCUGUCUCAGUUCCUCCCUCAGUUCCUCCCUCAGUUCCUCCCUCAGUUCCUCCCUCUGUCCCUCCCUCAGUCCCUCCCUCAGUUCCUCUUUCAGUUCCUCCCUCAGUCCCUCCCUCAGUUCCUUCCUGUCUCAGUUCCUCCCUCAGUUCCUCCCUCAGUUCCUCCCUCAGUUCCUCCCUCACUUUCUCCCUCAGUCCCUCCCUCUGUCCCUCCCUCAGUCCCUCCCUCAGUUCCUCUUUCAGUUCCUCCCUCAGUCCCUCCCUCAGUUCCUUCCUGUCUCAGUUCCUCCCUCAGUUCCUCCCUCAGUUCCUCCCUCAGUUCCUCCCUCACUUUCUCCCUCAGUCCCUCCCUCUGUCCCUCCCUCAGUCCCUCCCUCAGUUCCUCCCUCUGUCCCUCCCUCAGUUCCUCCCUCAGUUCCUCCCUCAGUUCCUCCCUCAGUUCCUCCCUCAGUUCCUCCCUUUGUCCCUCCCUCAGUUCCUCCCUGUCUCAGUUCCUCCCUCAGUUCCUCCCUCAGUUCCUCCCUCAGUUCCUCCCUCUGUCCCUCCCUCAGUCCCUCCCUCAGUUCCUCUUUCAGUUCCUCCCUCAGUCCCUCCCUCAGUUCCUUCCUGUCUCAGUUCCUCCCUCAGUUCCUCCCUCAGUUCCUCCCUCAGUUCCUCCCUCACUUUCUCCCUCAGUCCCUCCCUCUGUCCCUCCCUCAGUCCCUCCCUCAGUUCCUCUUUCAGUUCCUCCCUCAGUCCCUCCCUCAGUUCCUUCCUGUCUCAGUUCCUCCCUCAGUUCCUCCCUCAGUUCCUCCCUCAGUUCCUCCCUCACUUUCUCCCUCAGUCCCUCCCUCUGUCCCUCCCUCAGUCCCUCCCUCAGUUCCUCCCUCUGUCCCUCCCUCAGUCCCUCCCUCAUUCCUCCCUCAGUUCCUCCCUCAGUUCCUCCCUCAGUCCCUCCCUCUGUCCCUCCCUCAGUUCCUCCUUCAGUUCCUCCCUCAGUUCCUCCCUUACUUCCUCCCUCACUUCCUCCCUCAGUCCCUCCCUCAGUCCCUCCCUCAGUUCCUCCCUCUGUCCCUUCCUCAUUUCCUCCCUCAGUCCCUCUCUCAGUUCCUCCCUCUGUCCCUCCUUCUGUCCCUCCUUCAGUCCCUCCCUCAGUUCCUCCCUCUGUCCCUCCCUCAGUUCCUUCCUCAUUCCCUCCCUCAGUCCCUCCCUCAGUUCCUUCCUCAGUUCCUCCCUCUGUCCCUCCCUCAGUUCCUCCCUCAUUCCCUCUCUCAGUUCCUCCCUCAGUCCCUCCCUCAGUUCCUCCCUCUGUCCCUCCCUCAGUCCCUCCCUCAGUUCCUCCCUCUGUCCCUCCCUCAGUUCCUCCCUCAGUUCCUCCCUCAGUUCCUCCCUCAGCAUGCGGUGCGGGUUUAUGAAUUGCCUGCAGGUGCAGCCAAUGGGGCCUCAAAUUUUGAAGGCGUGUUAAUGUCCACCUCACGUCCCAACCUCCUGCCUGCCUUUCUCUUCCGCUUCCACCCUGUCGUAUCCUACCCCACCAGGCAUGCGGUGAAGGAGAUGAUGUGCAUGAAGUGUCUCAAGGUGCAGCCAGUGGGGCAGCACUGUGCCACGCCCUCCUGCAACGGCUACUCCAUGGCCAAACACUACUGCAGCAUCUGCAAGCUCUUUGACGACGCCAGGUGUACUUUGGAAUGCUGGAUGCUUUACUAUCAGCUGAGCAGCUUCCAGAGGAGUACUGCAACCGACAACAGCACAGGCAUGGCGUGGGACGUAUUGUAUCAGAGCACGUAUUCCAUUUCAUGGUUGAUAGCACAUGAACACGAGCUUCGUGUUCUGGUGGAAGGUGCGCAUGGAUGGUGGAAGGUGCGCAUGGAUGGUGGAAGGUGCGCAUGGAUGGUGGAAGGUGCGCAUGGAUGGUGGAAGGUGCGCAUGGAUGGUGGAAGGUGCGCAUGGAUGGUGGAAGGUGCGCAUGGAUGGUGGAAGGUGCGCAUGGAUGGUGGAAGGUGCGCAUGGAUGGUGGAAGGUGCGCAUGGAUGGUGGAAGGUGCGCAUGGAUGGUGGAAGGUGCGCAUGGAUGGUGGAAGGUGCGCAUGGAUGGUGGAAGGUGCGCAUGGAUGGUGGAAGGUGCGCAUGGAUGGUGGAAGGUGCGCAUGGAUGGUGGAAGGUGCGCAUGGAUGGUGGAAGGUGCGCAUGGAUGGUGGAAGGUGCGCAUGGAUGGUGGAAGGUGCGCAUGGAUGGUGGAAGGUGCGCAUGGAUGGUGGAAGGUGCGCAUGGAUGGUGGAAGGUGCGCAUGGAUGGUGGAAGGUGCGCAUGGAUGGUGGAAGGUGCGCAUGGAUGGUGGAAGGUGCGCAUGGAUGGUGGAAGGUGCGCAUGGAUGGUGGAAGGUGCGCAUGGAUGGUGGAAGGUGCGCAUGGAUGGUGGAAGGUGCGCAUGGAUGGUGGAAGGUGCGCAUGGAUGGUGGAAGGUGCGCAUGGAUGGUGGAAGGUGCGCAUGGAUGGUGGAAGGUGCGCAUGGAUGGUGGAAGGUGCGCAUGGAUGGUGGAAGGUGCGCAUGGAUGGUGGAAGGUGCGCAUGGAUGGUGGAAGGUGCGCAUGGAUGGUGGAAGGUGCGCAUGGAUGGUGGAAGGUGCGCAUGGAUGGUGGAAGGUGCGCAUGGAUGGUGGAAGGUGCGCAUGGAUGGUGGAAGGUGCGCAUGGAUGGUGGAAGGUGCGCAUGGAUGGUGGAAGGUGCGCAUGGAUGGUGGAAGGUGCGCAUGGAUGGUGGAAGGUGCGCAUGGAUGGUGGAAGGUGCGCAUGGAUGGUGGAAGGUGCGCAUGGAUGGUGGAAGGUGCGCAUGGAUGGUGGAAGGUGCGCAUGGAUGGUGGAAGGUGCGCAUGGAUGGUGGAAGGUGCGCAUGGAUGGUGGAAGGUGCGCAUGGAUGGUGGAAGGUGCGCAUGGAUGGUGGAAGGUGCGCAUGGAUGGUGGAAGGUGCGCAUGGAUGGUGGAAGGUGCGCAUGGAUGGUGGAAGGUGCGCAUGGAUGGUGGAAGGUGCGCAUGGAUGGUGGAAGGUGCGCAUGGAUGGUGGAAGGUGCGCAUGGAUGGUGGAAGGUGCGCAUGGAUGGUGGAAGGUGCGCAUGGAUGGUGGAAGGUGCGCAUGGAUGGUGGAAGGUGCGCAUGGAUGGUGGAAGGUGCGCAUGGAUGGUGGAAGGUGCGCAUGGAUGGUGGAAGGUGCGCAUGGAUGGUGGAAGGUGCGCAUGGAUGGUGGAAGGUGCGCAUGGAUGGUGGAAGGUGCGCAUGGAUGGUGGAAGGUGCGCAUGGAUGGUGGAAGGUGCGCAUGGAUGGUGGAAGGUGCGCAUGGAUGGUGGAAGGUGCGCAUGGAUGGUGGAAGGUGCGCAUGGAUGGUGGAAGGUGCGCAUGGAUGGUGGAAGGUGCGCAUGGAUGGUGGAAGGUGCGCAUGGAUGGUGGAAGGUGCGCAUGGAUGGUGGAAGGUGCGCAUGGAUGGUGGAAGGUGCGCAUGGAUGGUGGAAGGUGCGCAUGGAUGGUGGAAGGUGCGCAUGGAUGGUGGAAGGUGCGCAUGGAUGGUGGAAGGUGCGCAUGGAUGGUGGAAGGUGCGCAUGGAUGGUGGAAGGUGCGCAUGGAUGGUGGAAGGUGCGCAUGGAUGGUGGAAGGUGCGCAUGGAUGGUGGAAGGUGCGCAUGGAUGGUGGAAGGUGCGCAUGGAUGGUGGAAGGUGCGCAUGGAUGGUGGAAGGUGCGCAUGGAUGGUGGAAGGUGCGCAUGGAUGGUGGAAGGUGCGCAUGGAUGGUGGAAGGUGCGCAUGGAUGGUGGAAGGUGCGCAUGGAUGGUGGAAGGUGCGCAUGGAUGGUGGAAGGUGCGCAUGGAUGGUGGAAGGUGCGCAUGGAUGGUGGAAGGUGCGCAUGGAUGGUGGAAGGUGCGCAUGGAUGGUGGAAGGUGCGCAUGGAUGGUGGAAGGUGCGCAUGGAUGGUGGAAGGUGCGCAUGGAUGGUGGAAGGUGCGCAUGGAUGGUGGAAGGUGCGCAUGGAUGGUGGAAGGUGCGCAUGGAUGGUGGAGGGACAGACAUGGUGGUGGUGGGAACAUAG